AUGGAGGAACCUCAACCAUCUACAGGAGUUACCGAAAAUGGCGCGACGAGCCCAAUACCGCCAGUGCCAGUGCCAGUGCCAGCGCCAGAAGAAAUAGCACCUCAAAACAUUGAAACCAUUGAGGCUGAUGGACAAACGCGUACGGAGAAUGGACUAUCUGAAGUUAUGGAUCUAACUGGUGAUAGCGAUACUCUUCCAACCGCCACUGCCUCAGACGUUCCCGAACCGCAGCCGAUUGAAGAGCGACCGCUUGAAAUUGAGGAAGCCAAAGAUGUUGCGAAGGAGCCUAGCAAGGCCUUGGCCGAAACUGGGAAGGAAACUAAGAAGCGACCAUAUCCGGAUGAUGGCUCUAGCGAUAGCGACGAUGAUAGUGACAUGAUGGAUGAUUCAGGGAUUACAUUGAACCUUCAGGAUGAUAACAAGGACGAAGAACUUGAGGAACUUGAAGACCUUGAGGACCUUGAAGAUGAAGAUGAAGAUGAAGAUGAAAAUAACGAAGAACCCGAAGUCAUUACAAUCGAUGAAUCGUCAGAUGAAGAGUCUGUAGUUAAGGGCAGGUCGAAGAAGCAGAACGUUCCAGAGCCGUUCAAUGACCCAGCCGUAGAGCGCCCUGAUCCCACGAAAUCCAACGGCGCGAUCGCGGUGUCAGCUGGGCUAAAGCUGGGGAAAUCCGCCAGAUCUGCAAUAGGGGUCGCAAAGAUUACACGCAGACCUUUGAUCGAAUCCAUCAACGCAGGCCAGAUCCAGGUUGUCGACUAUUCGGUCCCUGGUCUUCCUCAAGGUGCAUCUGCAAGUGCUCAAGCGUUAAAGGGUAUCAGCCCAACGUUGCCAUCUAAGCAAACAUCUGGAAAUGGUGAGAUUGAGGUUAUCAGUCUCUUGAGUGAUCCAGUUGACCCCACAGACGAACUCCCAAAUACGAACACUGAAGGACCCACUCACCCAGUCGUUAGAGAUGGCGCGGAUGAUCACAGUGAUGACAACAACGAAAGUGCUUCUGAUAGCGACGAUGUUGAUGAUGAGGAAGAAGAUGGAGAUAACGAUGAAGAAGAAGAAGAAGAAGAUGGCGCUGUAUCUGACUGUGACUCUGUUGAAUCCGUCGACACUGACAUCUGGUCACACCAGCAAAAAUACUAUGUGAGGCAGCCAAUCCCGCCAUUGCUCCACGAGGACUACCGGAAGCUCUUCGCGCCUGAUAUGUCGGGCGCAGCUGCGGCACAAAAGGCUUUAGUAGAUAUUGAGUCCCAGGAAACGCCUAAGAAGCGAAAGAUCUGUGAUAUUUGUAUGGAGCCACAUCUAACCGAACAAUGUGACAAGCUUAAGUGUGAUGUCUGUGAAGCCUCACAUGAGCAUUUUAGUUUCAAUUGCCCAUAUAAAUCAUCAACCAACAAGAAGGCUUCGGAUUUGCCUAUCUUUAAUGUCCCAGCCGGUCAGAAGGACUUUGAAAUCUGGCGCAUCAUGCCGCCACAAUCCAGGAAGCCUGUCAUAAAGGCACCUAAGAUACCAAUGGCAUGCUAUGAAUGUGGUGAUGAUGACCAUUUUGGCGAUGACUGUCCUACCUUUGGGAAAAGGAGAUCAAAUGUUCCAACUACUUCCAUAUGGAAUGCAAAGUCUGCUUCUAAAUGGACCAGCAUGAAUAUGGACUCUAAGUACAUACGGAAUGGCAAGGCAAAGGCUGACACUAAUGACGACGAUAGUGAACUCGGGUGGUUUGAAGCUAGGUUACAAGCCGCGAAAGUUGCUAUUCCAGAUUCAAAUAUCAAGAGAGAUUAUCUCGAGCAGCAUAGAUAUGGAGCACCGCCUCGUGCUAGUGGGAACACUCGGCCACAUAUCCAAAUGAAUCUACCUCGUAAUUUACCAGGACAAGACUCUCGAGAUGAUCGUGGUGGUCCGAGUUUCACUCGAUACCAAAGAUCGCAGUCUGGCGUGGACAGGCUUCCUGCUCGACCAGGGGGCGAUCACUUCCACCGUAAUGACCACUACCGCCGGGACCGAAGCCGUAGUCCUAGAAGGUCCAGCUUCAGUGACCGUGUCGGUGGUUAUGCUCAGGACCGAGGAAACUAUAGAGAUCGUCCCCAGGAUUUUCCGCGUGGGCAAGGACACCAGCCGCCUCACCGUGGGAAUCAGGGCUAUCACGCUGUCCCGCCCCCUCCUCCAGCACAGUCCCAGAACUAUUAUGGUCAGCAACCUGGAUGGAGCCUACCCGGAUCUAUACAGCUUAGCGUACAAAGUUCCAAUCAGCCACCUCUCCCGCCAGGACCUCCUCCACCCCCUCUUGAUCAACCGCCCCCGCCCCCGCCUCAACCCCAUCGUAGGAACUCUGGGCGGGGAGGCAGAGGCAGAGGCUUUUUUAGAGGUAAAAGGGGAGGUAAACAUUAG